AUGGAACCCCAUCCACACUCUGCUACUGAAUAUGAACAUGAAUGGGAUGAUGAAGAUGAACAUACUUUUGAUAAAACUGUUAGAGACCCAUUCUUGGACAAACUUUCAGGGCAUAUUAGUGAUGAUGAUGAAGAGGAAGCAAACAAUGGGAAACUUAAGGAUGUUGUGUUCCCUGUCCAUAAUGAGAAUCAAGAAUGGGAGCAAAUGGUGCCAGUUUUGGGUAUGAAGUUUUCUAAUCCAUUGGAAUUGAAGUUGUGUAUCACCAACUAUGCAGUCAAAAAGGGAUAUGAUUUAUGGUAUGAGAAAAGUGAUCAUGAAAGAGGUCAGUUGCUCUCUGCUAUAGGUAGAGAUGCAAAUAACCAUAUAUAUCCCAUUGCUUGGGCUGUUGUAUUAGUGGAAAGUAAAGAAACAUGGAAGUGGUUUAUUGACCUUCUAAUUGAGGACCUUGGAAUGGGAGUUGGGCAUGGACUAACCUUGAUAUCAGACCAACACAAAGGAUUACUUGAGGCUGUGAAGGAAAGGGUCCCAGCAGCAGAGCAUAGGCAAUGUGCUAGGCACAUAUGUGCUAACUUCCUGAAAAGACAGAAGAUUAAGGGGCAAUCUUGGGAUUUAACCAUAUGUCCUACCAUUAGGCUAAAGUUGUCCAAGCUUAAGGAUCUUCAAAGGUUUUGGAAAGUAAUACCAUCUGGUUAUCAACAAUAUGAAGUCAGACUUGGGUAUGAUGCAUAUGUUGUGGAUAUUGGUAGUAGGACAUGUGCCUGCAGAACUUGGCAGUUAACAGGUUACCCUUGUGUGCAUGGGUAUGCUUGCAUUGCAAGCCUCAACAGGGAUGUAGAGGAGUAUGUGUCACCAUGGUUUACCACAUCAAUGUACCUAAACUGUUACAGGAAUACCAUUAACCCACUAAAUGGUAGUGACAUGUGGCCUCAUGUAGACUACAUCAGCCCAUUGCCCCCCAAAAGGAGAAGGCUACCAGGAAUACCAUCAACAAAAAGGAAAAGGGAUCAGAUUGAGAGGAAAAAACCAAGAAAAAAAUCAUUCAAUCACAGGAAAGAGAAACCAAUUGGGGAAUCAUCAAAUGCAAGUUCAAAGAAAAAGAAAUCCAAGAAAGCUGAUAAAGUGAAGGUUGUAUUGGCACGUGAAGUUGAUAUUGACAGUGACAGUGAAGUUGAAAUAGAACCUGAAAGUGAUGUUGACUCUUUUGAUCUUGAAUUUGAAGAUGAUGUGCAACCUGAAGUUGAAGAUGGAGUAGAACCUGAAGUCCAAGAUGGAGUGCAACAUGAAGUUCAAGAUGAAGUGCAAGCUGAAGUUGAACCUGAAAAUCAUCCUAAAGUUCAUGAUGUUAACCAAGUUGAAGUUCACCUUGCAGUUCAAGCUGAAGUUGAACCUGAAGUGCAAGUUAAAGUUGAAGAUGCUAACCAAAUUGUAGUUCAAGAUCAAGUGGAAAUACCAGCUUUUCAAGUUGUAGUGGGAAAGAGGGCAAGGAAACCUUCAGAAAGAAUUACAAAACUGAAGAUAAGAAAGAUGUGGGAGGGAAAACAGGGCAGUAGUGAUGACAAUCCGUAUGAGUUGGAUUAACUUUUGGCUUAUUGUACUGUUGUUAAUGUUUUUGGCAUCUUUGACUGACAUCUUUUAACUUUAGAAUCUUUUGGCACAUCUUUUGAAAACUAGUUGGAAUAGCUUAACUUUUUGCACAUCUUUUGG